CGUCCUGUCUACGUUUACCCUCCAGCUGCAGGCCACCCCUCCCCACCUUCCCCACGAUGGACUCCGCCGCCGAAAUCCCCAACCCCAGCCCGGAGGCCACCAACCCCGCCCCCGCCCCCGCCGCCGCCGCCGCCGCCGCCCCCGACCACUCCUCCUCCCCGCCGCUCCCGCCGCGCAAGCGCCGCCUCUCCCCUUCCCCCUCCCCCACGCGCUCCGGGUCCCCCCGCUCCCGCUCCCGGUCCCGCUCCCCCCGCGGCCGCCGCUCCCGCUCCCGCAGCCGCAGCCGCAGCCGCAGCCGGAGCAGGAGCCGCAGCCCGCAGUACCCGCCCGAUGGCAAGCGGCGGCGCCACAAUGACCUCACCGUCGAGGCGUGCCGCGACUUCCUGCGGGACAGGUGCACCCGCUCCGACCUCGAGUGCAGAUACGCGCACCCGCACCCGUCCGUCUCCGUCGAUCGGGAGAAUAAGGUGACGGCGUGCGCGGAUUCGCUGAGGAACAAUUGCUUCCGCGGGAGGACGUGCCGCUACUACCACCCGCCUCCGCAUAUCCAGGAGCAAUUGCUGAGAUCAAUUGGUGUGGAAGACCCAAAGGUGAAGACGAUCUGCAGAGAUUUUACACGUGGGAAGUGUUCAAGAUCAGCAAAUGAGUGCCGUUUCUUGCACCAUUCAUCUGUUGAAGAGCUUGCAAUUGUUUGCCAAGAUUUCUUGCGUGGACAGUGCAACCGCAAAUCAUGUAGGUACUCUCAUGCAGUAGCACAUCCGGUGCCACCAAUGAGCCAUGUUCCUAUUCCAUAUCCUGAGAUGCUUUACAUGCCACCGCCGCCGCCACCACCCCUUGGAGUACCAAUGAUGGGGCCUCCGCCUUCACCUCCCAGACCAUAUUCUGAUAAUAAGAACAGAGUUGAAGUUUGUAGGGACUUCUUGAAGAAUAUGUGUACUAGAGAAUCCUGCCGUUUUUUGCACCCUGAGACACAUACUGCGGCGACAAGUGACAAUGUUGAAGUUUGCCGUGAUUUUAAACGAGGAGAAUGCAACCGACCUGCCUGUCGCUUUUUCCAUCCAUAUACAAGCUGAAGUUUCUGUUAGCUAAAGUAAAGUAAACUAUACCUUUUUUUAUUUUAAAUCCAGAACAGAAUGACUAUAAUUAGCUGCCAAGUAUCCUUCUCCCCCAGAAAUACCUAGUUACAAAUUAAACUUUAACCUCAAUCCCUUAUGGAUCUUUUCUGCCCAUUGAAACAGCUAGAGCAAUAUAUAGAAAAGUUAAAGAUUGGCAAAUUUUGUCAUUUGGGUAUUCAAAUUGUUUGGGUGAAUUAACCUAUGUUCAUCAUGAAAUGGAACUUUUACCUCCAAUCAAAACAGGCAUGCCAAUGAAAAUGUUGUUUCUCUAAGAUUUCCAAUUGGCUAAGGUAGCAUGCACCAUUCAAGUGAUCUACUGUUUGAUCAGCUUUAUUGUCUUCUGUUCCACAUCAGAUGUCAUGUAUUUCAUAUGAUCAAUUCUAUUCCUUCACUGUGAAA